UUAUCACUAUAUAUUUCAUUUUCUAAAUCUUCAUAUGUAUACAUAUUUUCAGGCUUGGGAAGAAAUUUUUUUUCAAAAAAUGAAAGAGAACGCCGAUGAAGAAAAAAGACUUGCCUUGGAAAAGGGUAACAUGUUCCAUGGGGUUCCAUUCAUAACGGUAAUUGGCGAUGGAGGCUGGGCUAAAAGGUCUUAUGGACAUGGGAUGAAUUCUAGUGGCGGAGUGGGUGUAAUAAUUGGAGCUGAAACUAAGAAAAUAUUAUUCAUUGGUGUGAGGAAUAAGUUUUGUUUUUCUUGCGCAAAUCCCAAAAAGAAAAAUGCCGAACAUGUAUGUUACAAAAACUACACGGGGCCAAGUACUGGAAUGGAGAGCAGCAUUAUUGUUGAAGGUUUUCGGAGAAGUGAGGAAGACUAUGGGCUGAUCUACAAAAAUUACAUUGGAGAUGGUGACUCAAGCGUGUAUGCUAAGAUUCAAGAGGGGUGUUCUUAUGGUAGAUACGUUCAGAAGAUUGAGUGCGCCAACCACGUGACUCGUGCUCUGAAUGACAACCUUCACAAGGUGGCAGAAAAUACGCAGUUUCCACUCUCUUCUCGGAAACUCUUGAGCAAGCCUGCUCCAGGUGAGACGGUUAGCCGAUUGGAAAGAAUUGUGAAGGGGGUUAGGACAGCCAUAAAAGAAGCCGGUGUGAAUAGAAACGCUCAAGACAUGGUGAAUCUCAGGGCUACACUGAAAAAUGCUCCUGAUCAUGUUUUUGGGAAUCACAACAAAUGUGGAACAUUCUGUAAAAGGAAGGAAUUAAACGAGGAAAAUGUUCUCCCAGAAAUUGAUGUGGUUGUCAUGAGCAAGAUAAGAACACUGAUCGGAAAUGUGGAGUCAAAAGCAGAGAGCCUGGUCUUCAACGAAACAACCAAUAUUGCUGAAAGGUACAUGGGAUGUGUGGCAAAAUUCACAGGCGGCAAAAGAGUCAAUUUUUCAACAGGUGGUUCUUUCAAAAGGAGGUGUGUUGGGGCGGGACUUGCACACACUGCAGGAUCUGGCUGGCAUCUAAGUCCAUGGAAAAAAUUCAAAAACAAAAGUCCUGGGGCAAUUUUCAAAAAGAAGAUUUUGAUGCGAGAGAAGAGAAGCAUGAAAAGAAAAUUGCUCUUUGAAGUUAAUCAACCAAAAAGAAAACGUCGAGUGGGAGGAGGAGGCUACGAUGCUGAGUAUGGUCCACUAGCAGUCAAAGCUGACAUUGACGUUCAAGAAAUGAUGGAAAAAAGUGAACAUUUCCUGCAAGAGCUCAGGAAAGAUGUUGAGUUUGGAAACCUCAAAUUGAACGAAGACACUAUAGGCCAGCACACGAAUGCACUUUGGAGAGAGAAGAGAAUCAGUCGCCUAACUGCAUCUAAAUUUGGUGCAGUUGCCAAGAGACUUGACCACACUCCUUGCCAUAACCUGGUCAAGUCAAUAAUUAUAAAGCGGCCACUUUACACAGAAGCUGUAACUUUUGGCCGGGACAACGAGGAAAAGGCUAUAAAGCUGUAUGAGGACCUCACUAAAUCUAUGGUCAAAAAGUGUGGCCUCUUUGUGGACCUAGAAGAUCCUUUCCUAGGUGCCAGUCCAGAUGGACUCAUAGGAGAUGAUGGGCUCAUUGAGGUGAAGUGCCUACACUCGGUGAAAGAGCUGGGCCUGAAAGAACACCUUAGUAUAAAUAGAAAUACAUGUUUAGAAAUUGUUGAUAAUAAUAUGAGACUGAAGAGAAAGCACGAUUAUUAUUAUCAAGUGCAAGGCCAGCUCAAUAUCACUAAUCGCCAAUGGUGUGAUUUUGUGGUAUUCACAAGAAAAGGUGAAUUGUUUGUGGAGAGGAUCGAACGGGACCAAUGUUUUUGGAGGAAGGUACUUCCAAAAUUGAAAAAAUUUUACUUGGAAUGUAUUGUUCCUGAAAUAGUGGACAGUCGAUUAGUACGGGGCCUAAGAAUUCGAGAUCCACCAUUUAUCAUGGAAGCUCAAAAAAAACAAAAAGAGAAACAAAAUGAAAAAAAGAAUUAAAUAAUGGGAUGUCGAUUUCACAUGAGUAUAUUUACAUAUGUCAAAUUAUUAAAACCACUCGAAUUUUGACAUGACAAAUCGUACCUCACUUAUAUCAGUGAUUCAGUUAUUGUCAUUGAGGAUAAAUUUUUGUGUUUCUGAUAGUGCUAAACCGGAUUUUAGAUUGUAAAACUUUGUUUUCUCUAUUUUUUUAUAAUAAUGAUAAUAAUAUUAUAUUUUUAUACAAUUUUUAAAGAAUACAUUCAAACAUUAAUGGUUCUAACAUUACUGCCAGGCUACUACAAUUCUGGAAUAUUUCUGUACGAUACUACUGUGAGUUCUAUUACCCCAAAAUUAUAUCGAAAAUGUGUAUCUCCUUCACUUUGCCAUGGUAAUUCAACAGGAAAUGUAUUAUUGUCGAUACAGUAGGCUACUAAUAUUUCGAGCUUUCUACCUAAUUCAAAAUUUAUAAUUUCCCACCUACUAUAUAGGUAAGUAACAAAAUUCUUCAUCUAUUUUCCACAUAUUAUAAAAAAAUAAUAUGGCUGUAUAUAUUAUGUUAGUGAAUGAUGUACAAUAAUACUUUUAUAGUUGUAAGUAAUUCCAAUGAGCUAUUGAUUAUUCAUUGUCAUUCCAGACACCCUAUAAAGUGAAAACAUUUUGUACAUAGUAAUUGUAAUAUUGGAAUGGAAAAAGUUCACUCAAAACCGUUCUUAUUAGUAAAACUUUAGCAGUUGUUAUUGAUUAAUGGAGUAUUAAUAUUAAAAUGAGUGGAUAAUUAUUUCUUUUGAUAUUAAUUUUAAACAUACAUUUUAAUUUGUUACCCCUGUUAGUUAUAUGGUUAAGUAUUAUAAAACCAAAAAUUGAGUAUUUUCUAUAGAGUAAAAAUUCCUGAUUUUUAUUUUAAACUCUUAUUAAAACAUAUGCAUAUAUUUUAAAAACGUUUAUGAUAAAAACUAAACACGACACAAAAUCACUUGAACAUGAAUGAGAAUAAUAUAAAACAUUGACUUGAAAUUUAGAGCACGAAAAUUGAACCCGAAAAUAUAAUAUUAAAAUGAAUGGAUGAUAUUCAAUUAUUUCUUUAAAUCUAUUAUACCUCUUCUCAUUUCUCUUCAGUAUAAAGCAAAAAUAGUAAGUAGUUUGAAUUGAAUUUAUUAAUGAUUUUUUUUAAACAAAACUUACAAGACAAAUUAUCCUAUAAAAAGAGGAUGAAUGCAGGUAUACGUUGUUGCUUUGCACCAUUUGAACAAUAAAAUAUGAUUUGUUAAGUGAACCAAAUUUCAAUUUUUUCUACUGACAUUUAGUUAUUAGAAUGAUUGUCGGAUGAAGCGAUACGCAUAGAAAUUUAGCAAGCCAUUCGGCCGGCUUUUGAGUUUGACUCUGCAACUGCAGUGUUUCAAAAUUUCCACUCUCAAGGCCGAAAGCUGCGUUCUGAAUGAGAGAGAGAGCACAGAGAAGGAAUGCUCUGUGGAAUGGGUGUGCGAUUUUGCUUGGAGAGGG